CCGCAGGCAUUUCAGAUCCAUAGACUUUUUUUUAAUACACACGUCAUCCCGUUCGUUCCGAGGCAUCUUCGAGUCUAUUCUGCAACACUUCACCGCCUUAUUUAUUGUCUCCAAAAGCCAUUCAAUGCCUCGACGCUUGGGAGAACAAACAUCGCAAUUCACGGAAUUGUUUGGCCAUGGCAGCACCGUUUUGGGGUCCCCAGACCUCUUAUUUAAACUUUUGUGAAGAGGAUUAUGUUAUUACACGGUAUAUCGCUGAAUUUAUAAAUACUCUUAGCAGUUCGACAUAUGUGGCAUAUGGACUCUAUGGCUUGUUGACAUCGCCUAAAUUCCCGACUGGGCCACGUUUGGCCUCGUACUGUGGACUAAUAGGCGUGGGGAUAUGUUCAGCUGGAUAUCACAUGACCUUGAAGUAUCAUACUCAAAUGUCUGAUGAACUGUCAAUGCAUCUUCUCACUACACCCCUCAUCUACCGUCUUCUUAGCUUCAAAGCCAGUCCUCAAAAGACUCGAAUCGUUGGGACCGUUCUUUCAAUAUUAUUCACGAUUGUCAUGGUCACUCAUAUGGUCAUGGAUGAGUUCCUUUUGCACGCCACUACGUUUGGCCUGGGCAUUUAUGUCAUUGCUACUCGUGUGCUGAAGAUUAUUCCUCAGCAAGUUAAGGACCCAAUCAUCAGAAAGAAAUUUCAAAACAUGGCUGUUCUCGGACUUGGAUUCUUUGGCUUUGGAUACAUUGUUUGGCUCAUUGAUGAGUUUGCUUGUCGGUAUCUGACGAGUGCGAGACACGCAGUUGGUUUGCCCUUUGCGUUUCUCUUGGAACUUCAUGGAUGGUAAGUUACAUGCGGUUUCAUGAGCAUGAGUCAAGCUAAUAUCCGUCAGGUGGCAUGUAUUCACCGCUAUCGGAGGUUAUUCCGCUGUUGCAGUCAUCGAUAUCGUCACGACAGGGGAGGUGACCGAAGACCCUACAGACACCUUCGCUUGGCCCGUUCCUUUUGCGGCCAGACUGAUGUCUGGGUCUUCUGAGCCAGUGAAAAAAGGUUGAUCUCGGUGAAAGGGAUAAUUUAACUAAGAUUCAGAGGCUGGGCCGACAUGUAGCCCAGGGUCAGGAAAUCCAACGAAGUGACGCUUACAUUGGACCCAUCAGUUGGAUAGUAGCGACCAACUAUAGCCUCUUGGAUAUUCUUAAAAGACACAUCGACUGGAAUAGAAGUAUUAAUCAAUGCCUGACUCACAUGCCUGAUCAAAAUGAUUCCAUUUUACAGUGGG